AUGGCAACGACAUUGCACACUGCAAACCAGUUUGUGCUCAUAUCCUUACCUUUGAGUGCCCAGCCAAGCUCUGCGCCAGGUACAAACGUUGAAAAGUGGCUACAUGAAGAGCUAUGUGGCGGAAGACCGUUUGUUUCGGAGUUUAAGAUUCCUGAAUUCAAAAUCGGCUCUCUCGACACUCUGGUAUUGCAAUCGGAGGAAUUGGCCAAAAUCGACUCUCAGAUUGGUACCUCGGUGGCAAAGAUCGUCGAAGUGCUCGGUAACCUGAACGAAGCGCAGACAAACGCCUAUAAGACUCUUCCUGUUGGUAACGUGCCUGUAAUGGAAUACCUGGAGAAUUUUCAUUGGCAGACCCGCAAAUUUAGACUUGAUAAAUCUAUUAAAGAGCUCAUAAGCGACAUUGCUGACGAGUCAUUUCAAUUGGAUGCAGACGUGAGAGCCACUGCGACCAAUUACAACAAUGCCAAAACCAACUUGGCCGCAGCAGAACGCAAAAAAACCGGUGAUUUAUCGGUCAGAUCCUUGCACGACAUCGUGAAGCCUGAAGACUUUGUCUUGGGGUCUGACCACCUCACCACUGUUCUUGUUGCAGUUCCCAAAAGCUUGAAAAGCGAGUUUGAGAAAAGCUACGAGACCAUGGCUAAGAACGUCGUUCCUUGCUCAGCAAACGCUCUCAAGCAGGACAACGAGUACACUCUUUUCAACGUUCAUCUUUUCAAGAAGUCGGUGAACGAGUUUGUCAGUGCUUGUCGCGAAAGGAAAUUUGUACCUCGCGAUUUCGACUACUCUGAGGACCUUAUAAACCAGUUGACCAAAGAGCACGAAUCAGCAGCUCAUCUGGAGCACUCUUUGCGUGUUCAAUUGGUGCGUUUGGCUAAAACUGCCUACUCAGAUGUGUUCAUGAAUUGGUUUCACAUUAAAGCUCUUCGGAUUUACGUGGAGAGUGUCUUGCGGUAUGGUUUGCCUCCUCACUUCAACACUCGUUUGAUCGCUAUUCCACCCAAGAGCCUCGAAAGUUGUAAAAACGAACUUAUCAAGGAAUUUGGCUAUUUAGGUGGCAACGCUUUUUCUAAGGAUAAGGCAGGCAAGAUAAAGAAGCAGGACAGUUCAUUGCACGAAUACGCCUCAAUUGUUGAUACAGAAUAUGAACCAUUCGUGAUGUACACAGUGGAAUUGUGA